AUGGCGACAGAGAAGCCAGCCGCACCGCCAGCUCCGCGGGCCAUCGCCAAGCUCCCUGAAGCCGUCGUGAACCGGAUCGCGGCGGGCGAAAUCAUACAGCGACCGGCGAACGCGCUCAAGGAGCUGAUUGAGAACUCGCUGGAUGCGGGGGCGACGACGAUUCGGGUUACGGUCAAGGAGGGCGGGCUGAAGUUGUUGCAGAUCCAGGAUAACGGGAGUGGAAUAAGGAAAUCCGACCUCCCGAUCCUCUGCGAACGCUUCACAACCUCCAAGAUCAAAGCCUUCGAGGACCUCUCGUCGCUCGGGACGUACGGGUUCCGCGGCGAGGCGUUGGCGAGUAUCAGCCAUGUUGCGCAUCUGAGCGUGACGACCAAAACGCGGGACGAGACUUGUGCUUGGAAAGCUGCCUAUGCGGAUGGAGCGCUGAUACCGCUCAAGCCUGGCGGCGACGCUGCGCCUCUGCCUUGCGCAGGCAACGACGGGACAGUCGAGGACCUCUUCUACAACACUCCUCAGCGCCUGCGCUCUCUCCGCCCCGCAAACGAAGAAUACGCGCGCAUCCUCUCCGUCGUCACAGCCUACUCGAUUCACAACGCCGGCGUCUCCUUCGUCUGCAAGAAGGCCUCCAGUUCAUCCAGCUCGACAGCGGACGUCAACACGAGUGUCGGAGCGAGCACGCUGGACAAUAUUGGGCUGUUGUACGGGGAGGCGGUGAGGAGGGAGUUGGUCGAGGUUGUGGCGGAGAGUGACGAGUUGGGUGUAAAGGUCAGGGCGUGGUGUAGCGGGGCUAACUACCAGGCGAAGCGGAGCACCUUUCUCUUCUUCAUCAACCACCGCUACGUCGACUGCACCUCGCUCAAGCGCGCCCUCGAAGCCUUCUACUCGACCCUGCUCGCCAAAAACACCCAUCCCUUCGUCUACCUCUCCCUCUCGAUCUCGCCAGCCAAAAUCGACGUCAACGUCCAUCCGACGAAGAAGGAAGUCGCGUUUGAGGACGAGGACGAGGUCGUGCAGCUUGUUUGUGAGAAGUUGGCAGAGGUGUUGGAGAAGCAGGGGGAGAGUCGGAGUUAUAAGGUCCAGACCCUCUUGCCGACGAAUGGGACGCCAACGGCUGCUCGAACACUAGCAGGCUCGGCCGCAACCGCGACUCCCGCCGCCUCGAGCUCUCGCAAACCCUCGACUGGCUCCUCGACGAAGCCCGCCAAAGUCGCGCCAAACAAGCUCGUUCGCACCGACGCGCAGUCUCAAACGCUCGACGCUAUGUUUCCAACCCUACCAGCCUCGUCAAACUCCCGAACUGGCGACAAGACGCGAGAAGCAGCCGACGACGAUGACCGACCGAGCAAGAAACGCAAGUCGGAUCACGACCCGGCUUUUGCGACGCAGUUGGCGGUGCAACAGGCGAAGCAGAAGAGUGCGAGGGUGAGAAUUGCGCAGAGCGAGUGUGCGUUGACGAGUGUGAGGCAGCUGAGGAAGGAGGUUGUCGAAGCGCGGCACGAGGGCCUCGAUGCGCUCAUCAAGGGCCACAUCUUUGUCGGCGUUGCGGACCUCGUCACUCGCAAGUCGAUGAUCCAGCACCAAACCAAGCUCUACAUCAUCGACCACGCCGCAAUAGGCGAAGAGCUGUUCUACCAGCUCGGCUUGCGACAGUUCGGCCGCUUCUCGCGCAUCAAGCUGCAACCGCCUCAGGACCUCCGCAAGCUCGUCCAGCUCGCCGUCGACCGGGCAUCAGGCGAAGCAGCGGCGAAAGCAGCGCCGUCCAGAAUCGUCGAGCGCGUCUACUCAACUCUGCAUGGCGCACGGGCGAUGCUCGACGAGUACUUCUCGUUCUCCAUCUCGGACGACGGCAAGAUCGAGAGUUUGCCGCUCGUCCUGCCCGGCUACUCGCCCGACAUGAACAAGCUGCCUCUCUUCCUCCUACGUAUCGGCGCACAUGUCGACUGGGAGCACGAGAAGCCAUGCUUCGCCACCUUCCUUCGCGAACUCGCCUUCUUCUACUCGCCCGCUCCCUCGCCUACUGCUCCCCUCACGCCGCCUUCGCAAGACCAAGUCGACGCGCAGAAACGCAUGAUCCAGCACGUCCUCUUCCCCGCCGCCAAGCAGUACCUCGUCCCGCCCGAACGGCUGCUCAAGAAGGAUAUCGUGCUCGCGACUAGUCUUGAGGCGUUGUUUAGGGUGUUCGAGCGGUGUUGA